CUGAAUCUAUGCGCUGCAGCCUCACACACCCCUUCGGUGAGGUGGAGGGGUGUGAGGAUGGACACUUUGCCCCUCUCUGCGCCUUUAAGACUGCAUGUGGUCUACAUCUCUCGGCUCCCAUGGCACGCUCCGUAGGUGCACGCUCUCAAAGUUUGACUGGGGAAUAGAGGUACCAGCGGAGACGGCAGCAACGUCGCCUUGUCGGGAAACACAAACCCACAACAUCUGAGGAGAGGAUAGAAAAGGACCGCAUCAUGCGUGGGAGUGUCCGGCGAUAAGAACAAAGAGAGAGAUGACUGAGCGGAUCCUCGAUUUAUAAAUGGAAAACCCAAGAAGGUUAAUACUCUAACAGGCUCGCUGAAAGGAGGGACUCCCGGCUGCAGCCCCCCCCCCCCCCCCCUCUCAGCCAUGCCGCUUGUAUUCCGCACGCUGUUGUUCGGGUUUGUAACGCUGCUGGUUGCGCUUUUGAUAAUUGAUGAUAUCGCAGAAGUGGAAAAAGAAACUGCAGAUAUUGGACACUCAAAGAAGAUGAACUCAAACCAGCUUAUCCCGAAACCACACAGAAAAGCUACAGUGCAUGUGGAUCUGACUGCUACAGCAAGAAUGAGCAUACACAUAAAUCAUCCUCCUCAAACCCACAAUACCACUGCCAAACACUCGUCAAGCAACUGGACCUUCAAUAAGACUCUCUCCAAUCUCAUCAGGAAGAAUAUUCUGAGAUUCCUUGACCCAGAGAGAGAUAUCUCAAUCCUAAAGGGUACACUGAAGCCAGGAGAUAUCAUCCACUAUGUGUUUGAUCGCCACAGCACCACCAACAUCUCAGAAAAUCUCUACCGUCUUUUGCCAACUGUGUCGCCGAUGAAAAACCAAUAUCACAGGCGCUGCGCCAUCGUGGGCAACUCUGGGAUCCUGCUGAACAGCAGCUGCGGACCUGAGAUUGACUCCCAUGACUUUGUAAUCAGGUGUAAUCUGGCACCAGUGGAGGAGUACUCUCAGGAUGUGGGGCAGCGGACCAACUUGGUAACCAUGAACCCCUCUGUGGUGCAGCGGGCCUUCCAGGACCUGGUCAGUGAGGAGUGGAAGGAGCGUUUCUUGCAGCGCCUUCGAAGCCUGAGCGGCAGCGUGCUGUGGAUCCCGGCCUUCAUGGCUAAGGGGGGAGAGGAGCGUGUGGAGUGGGCCCUUCGCCUCAUCCUGCUGCACACUGUGAACAUACGCACCGCCUUCCCAUCGCUGCGCCUUCUCCAUGCUGUCAGAGGAUACUGGCUAACCAACAAUGUCCACAUAAAGCGACCAACCACUGGCCUCCUCAUGUACACAAUGGCCACCCGCUUCUGUGAGGAGAUCCAUCUGUAUGGCUUCUGGCCAUUUCCACUGGAUCCUCAAGGCAAAGCGGUUAAAUACCACUACUAUGACACUCUAAAGUACGAGUAUACCUCCAGCUCGAGUCCUCACACCAUGCCUCUGGAGUUCAGGACCUUGAACACCUUGCACAGACAGGGGGCGCUCCGACUCCACACGGGAACCUGUGAUGUGGAGCGGAGAAAUCUCCAGCGCAACUAGCUGGCUGAAAUAUCUCCAUGGAUACCAUGUUUUUCACUGGAUGGACUCAAAAAAAAAAAACAAGUUUUCUUGUAAUUACUUUUUUGUUUAACCUUGGGUAACUGUAUGUCCAGUAAUAGGAAUGAGCCAUUUCUGUUACUGCCUCCUGUAUUGACUCAUUACACUGCUGUAUUUUAACUUUAAUGAUGUUUCCAUGGCAACUGUUAACCCUCUGGGGUUCACUCAUAAGCAACUGGAAAGGAAACAGAUGGUUUGAGUUUUAUAGAGGCUACAAGUUUGGAAAAACCACGCGCACGUUUUUUGUGUGGAAAAAAAUGAUCUAAUUUAAUACGUUCUUAUGCCGUUUUACACUCUAUCAUUUUAAGCAGCACGACAGCAGAAAUUUAAGUAGGCUGUGCAAAAAAAAUAUUUACAUCUUUUUUGCAAUGUCAAAUUUAUACAGUUUUUAAUAAAACAAAAGGUCUGAAGUGCCCGUAAAGAGAACAAGGGCUGAGAUCCCAGAGGCUUAAAUUAAUAAGACCUCUUUCUUAUGAUUAGCACUGAGACAGCAGCUUUAUGAUAUUUUAGGUCUCCACUUUGGCUGAAUGUAAGCUGUGCAGCAUGAAGACUUGUUAAUGGCUCCUGUGAGUUGCUGUUUGGGCCACAAGAUGGAAGCACUGAAUAAUCAGGGAGAAAGAUGCACUAAGAAAAAAAUUUCUUCAUGAAACAAUGAAUGCUUUUUCUUAAGAUCCUCAGAAAGCUUUGAUUCAACUUGUGAUAACAUUUACUUUGACGGCUAACUUUUGUGCUUUUGUAGCUUCUUAUAAAGCACCUUAAAAAUGUGAAAACAACUUAUGAACAUUUUUUU